AUGACAGCAACCCAUAUUGGAGACAAUGUGUGUCACCCUGUGGUGAUUGUAAAGGUGAAUGGAGUGAUGUGUCGUGCACUUCUAGAUACUGGAUCAACGAGCUCUUAUAUUUCAUCAUUUCUCUUAAAUCUGUUGAAUGUGAAACCAGCAGAGACGCUCACACGCAGGCUCAAAACGAUUGUGGGUUUCUUUACAAGGCGUGUAGAGACUUACAAUGUUGAAAUAAGUGAUACUAGUGGUGAGUGCGUGUUGCCUGUCAGCGUGACUAAAGCCGAUUGUAAAGAACUGUUGUCAUUAGACAAUCCUAACUACCCUGGAAUCUUGAAGAAGUAUUCAUAUCUAAAAGGCGUUCAAAUGGAGGAUACUGCAACAAAAGAAAAAUUACCUGUCCACGUGAUCUUAGUUGCUAAUGAAUACACCAAGAUAAAGAUGGCUGGAUACCAGAGAGCUGGCAACAUCGGAGAACCUGUCGCUGAGAAGACAAGGUUUGGCUGGACAAUCAUGACUACUGGUGCGGUAGAUACACAAGCUAUGUUAUUCACCCAGACAGCAUCAUGUGAUUACAAAGAGCUUUGUAGACUAGAUGUUCUUGGUUUACAGGACACUCCUAGCGGAGAUCAACAAGCUGUGUAUGCGGAAUUCAAAGAUCAAUUGAAACGCGAUCCCAAGGGCUGGUAUGAGACUGGGCUACCAUGGAAAGGAGACCAUCCUCCUUUGCAAAACAACAAAGCAGGCAGCUUGAGAAGAUUGGAGACUCUUGUCAACAAACUGAGACGCAAUGGGCAGCUUGAAACAUACAACACUAUCAUCCAAGAGCAACUCAAAGACGGAAUCAUCGAAGAGGCCGAGGAAACAGCCAAGGGAAGGGAAUUCUACAUACCUCAUAAACCUGUGAUAAGAGAAGAUUCGGAAACUACAAAGAUGCGCAUUGUCUAUGAUGCUUCUGCGAGACCAAUUGCCAACGCCCCAUCUCUGAAUGAGUGUCUAGACAUUGGGCCACCGCUUCAAAACCAAUUAUGGAAAGUUCUAGUCAGAGGAAGAUUUCAUGCUGUAGCCAUAGCUGGUGAUAUCAAAAAGGCUUUUCUUCAAGUACGUAUUCAAGCCGAUGACAGAGAUGCUCUACGAUUUCAUUGGAUUGACGUUGAAAACCCCAACAAAGUGCGUACCUAUCGAUUCACACGUGCAUUGUUUGGCUUAGGACCGUCACCUUUCUUGCUGGGUGGGGUCAUUGAACAGCAUCUUGACAGUCAACAUGUUGUACUAUUCGAUACAGUGAAUGAAAUCAAGCGAGGUCUUUAUGUGGAUGAUCUGAUACUUGGAGGAGAAACGGUUGAGGAAGCAUUACAGAAGAAAACAUCAGCUACUGACAUCUUCAAGGACGCUAACUUCCAGUUACACAAGUGGCACUCCAAUGUGAAAGAGCUAGAGAUCUAUCAUGAUGUGAAGGAAUCUGAAGUCAGUUAUGCCAAAGAACAGCUAGGAACUAAGUCUGAUCAGUGUAAGCUCCUAGGACUGACUUGGAAUAAAGACAGUGACACUCUAGCGGUGUCAUUCCCACAACAACGAGUUGAGUCAACUAAAAGAGAAGUUCUGAGUAAAGUUGCUAAAGUGUUUGACCCUCUUGGACUAGCAGCUCCUCUUGUACUUCAAGGGAAGUUGAUCUAUCGUGAUGCGUGCCUAGAGAAGUGUGCGUGGGAUGCUCAGUUACCAAAGGAACUUGCAAAACGAUGGGAUAAGUGGCAGAGCGGCCUUCCUGAGAAAGUCUGUGUACCACGAACGCUGGUGAAUAUAGAUGAGGCAGUCAAGAGAAUUCAUCUUCAUGGAUUUGGAGACGCAAGCGGGAAGGGUGUUGCAACUGCUGUUUAUGCUGUAGUGGAACAAGAAUCAGGAAUCAACCAAGGUCUUGUUGCCGCACGCGCAAGGCUUGCAAAACAAGGGCUCACUAUACCUCGUCUGGAGCUGGUUGCUGGACAUAUGACUGUUAACUUGUUAACAAAUGUCUGUGAUGCACUAACGGGCUUUCCUGUAUGUUCGUUGAAUGGAUGGCUUGACAGCAGCGUCGCUUUGUAUUGGAUUAAUGGAGCAGGAGAGUAUAAGCAAUUUGUUAAGAAUCGUGUUAACAAAAUCAAGGCUCAUGCUGAUGUCAAGUGGAAUCAUGUGCCAACGCAAGACAAUCCUGCAGAUCUCGGAAGCAGAGGUGGUGCUGUGCCUGGAAACUCUUCUUGGUGGAAAGGUCCUGAGUGGCUUAGCAAUCCUGAUCAAUGGCCUCCAAAGAUAAUUUCUUCAGCCACAGCAGAGUCUGAAGUUGAAGCUACAUGUAGGCCAAUCAAGCAAUUCAUGGCUGUUACCAUGGAACAGAGAGAUGAGAUGGAUGAUCUUUUGUCAAAGUUUACCCUCUGGCGCACUUUAAGAAUUGGUGCGUGGAUAGCAAGAUUCCUCUACAAUGCAAAACAGAAGCCCAAACAAAGAAAAGAGGGACCGUUAACUACAGAAGAAAUUGAAAUGCAGAAGUCUUUCUGGGUAAAGAGAGUUCAACAGCAGCAUGCGAGUGUAGACAAAUUUAAGGAAGACGAACAGAGACUCAAUCUUAAACCAAACAACGAAGGAGUGUUGGUCUGCUGUGGAAGAAUUCAAGGAGAAUAUCCAACAUACCUACCAGAUACGUCACUUUAUGCAGAGAAGAUUAUCGAAGAAGCACACAAAAUCACUUUACACGGAGGCGUCGGACUCACCAUGGCUAAAGUUCGUGAAAAGUAUUGUGAAACGGUGUGCUGGAUGUAA